AUGAAAACGAAUGGAACUACAAGUCCAACACCGGAACAGUUGUCUACUUCUGGUGCUUAUGGUUUGGUUGUCAGGCAAUCAUCACUAAUGAACGGCAACUUUAAUGGCAAUAAUUUGAACGGAGUUUCCAGAGCUUUACAGGAGGCCAGCGAUCGGAAGGCACGGAAAUUAACGUUUUAUAAAAAUGGUGAGCCUUUUAGCAAUUGUAUCACUGUUUCCAUACUUCCCGGGAGAGACUUCCGAACGAUGGAACAGUUGUGCACUUAUUUAACCGAUAAAAUCAAGAUUGCAAAUGGAGUUCAGUAUAUAUUCACCACAACUGGUCAAAGGGUAUUGACGUUGAAUGAAUUGGAGCAUGGUCAAAGUUAUGUGGUUUCCGGCUCCAAGAAUUUCCAUUCCCUAAGCAAUAUUCCUUACGGACAGAACAACAACCGACACAAACCAAAUGCUAUCACUUUUAAUGCAUUCAAUGAAAAGACAAGAGCCUUCAAAGAAGACGAUUUGAAACUAUUGCGUCCGCUUUCAUCCAAAUUCAAUACCGUUUAUCAUAACAUCAAUCAACCGAUUAAUACCUCAUACAGAGAGGGAAGGAUUAUAACUAUUGUCAAUAAUAAAGACCACAAAUUGAGAUCAAGAGUGUUGUUAAAUCUGAAAAGUCCAAAAUCUUUUGACAUUAUUCUCAAAGAUUUAGGACAAGCGGUCAGAAUCAAGAAUGCAAAACGAAUGUUCACUGCAUCCGGACAUGAGGUCCGAAGUGUAUCGCAAUUAAAACGAGAUAUGAUUGGAAUUGAAUUGUUUUAUUUGGAGUCCGAAAACUCAAACUCAUCUCAAAUUCAUGUGAAAUCUCAAUCAUUGGAAUCCAUUAAUCAAACAAAUGGUUCCAAACGUUUCAGUGCUUCCAAUGAUUACACAAAUAAGAAAAUUCAUAACAAAAAUUUAUCACAACUUGAAUCCACUUCUGAACACAAUUCAAUUCAUACCUUUAAGCGAACGGAUUCUAGUAAUUUCUCAGACAUAAACCCGAGCCGUCGCGGAGAGUCAUCUCUGAGUGAAAAAAUUAGCCUUAAUAUGGAAACAAUGAUUGAAAAUGAAUUCGUGAAUCGCUCUAAAACUUGCGAAACUCAAACCUCACCUGAUUUUGCGAAAUCCAAUCGAAGAAAAGUUAAGAAUUUGAAAGAACUUAAAGAGAAUAAAAACCAUUUUUCCAGUGAUAAUGAAGUCGAGGAGAAUAUCGCUCAAACAUAUCUCAGGAGAGUUCUUAAUGCAAAUAUGGAGACAAUAAACGACACUUUGAGAAGAGAUACUCUUCACGAAUACGCCGAAACACUUCUGAGAGAAACUGCAUUUUUGGUACAAAACGAGAGUUUAAAAAACGACUCAAUUGAAAGUAAAGGAGAACUGAAAAUGAAGUCUCAAAGUGUUAGAAAUACUCCGAAACAAACACCAAUCAAAAUGAAUAAUAUUUCUAACUUACAUUCAACGCCAAACUCGAGACUUUCGGAAAAAACAGUGAAAUAUGAAAAUGAAAUGAUUGUCAAAAAUAAAGCCGAAACUGAAAGCGAAGAGGAAGAAGACGGCAUUGGAAAGAAUGUGCCAAAUGAUAACUCGACACCUAAACGACAAAUUGGCCGCAAUUUGAAAGAUCCGGUCGAAUAUUUAAAGGAUGGCAAUGAUAUUCCCACUAAAUAUCUUCAACUAAAUUGGGUAAUGGCUAUCCGUAAGAGUAAAAACAUAGUGGCCACGAGCCAAGAGGCGGGCGGAGGCGAGCCGUUUGCAGUUGUGAGAGUUUGGUCGGCAAAAGAUCUGCAAACUUAUGCUGUUUUGACACAAAAUAUUUUCGGUCCGGCGAUCACUGCAAUGGAUCUCUCAAUUCAGGGCUCUCUUUUAGUCAUAAGUGGUGAACAAUCGCUUAAUUUAUCGAUUUGGGACACAAAGACUUCUGAAAUAGUCAACAGUUCCAGAAAAGAAUUAAAAGGUGGAGAGAAUGUGAGGGGAACGGCAUUUCACCCGACAGAAGAUGACAUUAUGGCCACGUAUGGCAACAAACACUUGACUAUUUGGCAAAGAAAAAGGGACGGAACUAUAGAUAGUCGGACAGCCAUUAAACCGGACUUGAAAACAGCAAAAUCAAUAAAUUGUGUGGACUUUUUGCCGGAUCACAGCCUAUUGACGGGAGACACGACCGGAACGCUUACUAUUUGGGCGCCUCUCGAGGACGAGAACGGAAUUCUUGAAUUUGUAGUCAAAGAAGUUAAAGGACACGAAAAAUCGUUGACAUGUCUUCAACUUUUGCAAAAUAAUAUCUUAAUUAGUGGCGACAGUGAGGGCACUGUUAAGACAUGGGAUGUCAACGACGAACAAUUCCGACUUUUAAAUGCUAUUAAAUUACCACCGACGAGUGGAUCUAUUACUGUUAUAACAAGAGUUCAUUAUCCCGACGCCGAGAGCGAUGCUAUUGAGAUAUAUAUCGGAACUUCAAUGAAUCUCAUUCUCAGGGGGUCUGCACUUCAGGCCACAAAUUAUUCUGUGAUUUUUGAGGGUCAUUCGUUGGCAGUAAGAGGACUAGCAGUGGACCCGAAGAAUGAAUCCUUUUAUAGUUCAGCUCUCGAUCAGAAAAGUCAAUGCGUUUCAGCAGCUGUUCAUCCGAGUGGUGAGGUGUUAGCAAUUGGAUCAGUUUCGGGAACAAUAUUUAUAAUGAACACAAAUGAUGGUAAUAUUGUAUCACAACUACCCGUUUCCCAAGUGUGCAUCGGAUGUCUGGCGUAUUCACCCGAAGGGGACCUUUUGGCGGCCGGUUGUCAGGACGGCAUACUCUAUAUAUUGCCUGUUCUCGACAACGGCUUCUCUUAUGAAAAAGUAUCGGUUCUAAAGGUAUAA